CCACGAACUGUCUCUUUGCCCUAAACUUUGCUGGAGGUUGGAGGAGCUGUUCUCGUAGUCAUCAGCCGACGCCGAGGUAGACUGUCACACUGCGGCACCUUCCACCUGGCUUGCGUUCGUUCGACCCAGAGCCGCGCUGCCCACCUCACUCGUCUGUGACACCCACAAAGCAUGGAGGAUUCCUCAGAGCAGUCCCACUGGGUGUCCCCAGCUCUGCUCAGUUCAGACGCUCUCGCUGGUUUCUCCUCUGAGCCCGGCCUGCUGCCACCAGUGGAAGAGGGCGAGGCCUUCUUCUCCAGCCAGGACGCGGACUACAGCGGCCUUUCCUCGUUCUUCUCCAACCCAAGCCACAGCCGAGCAUCGUCCGCCUACAGACACAGCUCGGUUCGGCCGAUGUUCACCUCACCGAGCCUCCUCAGUAACCUCCAGCUCCUGGACGGGCCUGCCACCCACUCCCUGAGCUCACCCUACAACCCUCCGGCCUCCACAUGGAGCAGCAGUCCUCUCACCAAGGCCCCGCUGCACUCACACGCCCCGACUUCCCUCUACACUCCGGGACUCACCUCCUCCUUCACCGCCUCCCGAGAUGGAUACUCUUCUCCGGGCAGAGAGAAUAGGGAGAGCCCCCGGCUUCAGGAGGCCCUGAAGGUCGAGCGCCUGAGCCCACUGGGUGGGUCGGGUGUCAGCAGCAGCUUUCUGAAUCUGACUCCUGCCGCCGGGAGCAUGUACACAGCGUCACCUCACUCCCACCCGCACAUGCUGAACCCCUACAGCUCUUACAUGACCGGUCCACAGGAGUACAGCUCUGCUGCACUGUACUCCAGCCCCGGGGCCUGGAUCAGCCCCUCGUACUCUCCUAAACUCCGCAACAAGAUGCGGAUAUCCACUCCAGAGGCCAGAGAGUGUGUGAACUGUGGGGCCACAGCUACCCCACUGUGGCGUCGCGACGGUACAGGGCACUACCUGUGCAACGCCUGUGGAUUGUACCAUAAAAUGAACGGGCAAAACAGACCCCUGAUCAGGCCCAAGAAACGACUGAUUGUCAGCAAGCGGGCAGGUACAAUGUGUGCCAACUGUCACACAAGCACAACGACCCUGUGGAGACGCAACGCCAAUGGAGAGCCCGUGUGUAACGCGUGUGGACUCUACUUUAAACUGCACAAUGUCAAUCGGCCUCUCACCAUGAAGAAGGACGGCAUUCAAACGCGCAACAGAAAGGUCUCCAACAAGAACAAGAAGAGCAAGAAGAUGGCCAUGUUGGAGCAGUACUCUGAGGUGACUCAGCCGUCCUCUCUGGACGACAACGGGGGGCCAUUUUCCCUCGGCCCCGGAACCCUCCUGACCUACAGCCACGCGCCGCACCUCUUCCCAGCGCCCUCCCCUCUGCACCCCUCGGCCUCCUUGCCCUACACACACCACCUCAACACUGGCAUGGUGCCCACGCUCGUGUGAAAUGACAAAAGCGGCACCUUUUUGGAUAUUCGGGAAUCGCUCGCUCGCUUGCUUGCCACUUAUUAGUGUGAAUUUUGUACAUACACGUUUCUAUGCUGCAUUAUGCUACGUGAAUGGAAUUUUGACAGAAAACAACAUUUUGUGGAUAUUAUCAUGAUCAUUACAUCACUCUGCAGGGGUUGCUGCACAUGUAAACACACCGAUGAGGAAAUUCUUUCAUCUGUAAAUACAAUCACAAAUCUGAUAUGACAUUGUCUCUUUUAUUGUUCAUGACGUGUAAUUACACUUUGGUUUUGGGAUUAGUGGGUCUGUCUUGUAUUUGCAUGAUCGAUAUUAUCAUAUUGAACUCUGCAGAGGAAACAAUAAACGUGUGACUUAUCCUGCUCGA